AUGUCGGGACGCAAGACUACCUUGGCAUCUCGGUCGCUCGAGUAUCGGGCGCCUGAGGUGCCGAGCUUCUUGAAAGCACUCAAAGCGCAAGUCUCCGAGAGUGAGCGGUAUUCGCGCAAGCGGCCAAACGACGAGCUGGAUUCGUUGGUUGCAUCCGCAUCCUCUGCAAGCAAACGCAAAGCACGGGAUGCAGACGACGACGAGGGUCUGGACAGCGACGACGAGCUGCGCGGUGCACAAGUCGUCGUGCUCAAGGACGGCAAGCAUCUAUCGCAGCAACAGGCGCUCGAGGCCAAGGCGGUGCAAAGAAUUCCCGCUUCUUCGAGCUCGACUCAGAACAUCUCCUCGGCCAGCACCACUUCCGCACUCAAGCGGAGACGCCAGCCAAUCGCUGACGAGGCUCUUUCGGACUCGGUUUCGUCCGCAAAAGCUCCACACAUAGCAGAAGGCGGCAAUGGCGGCGACGCAAGCUUGAAUCACGUCAAGCAGCUCAUCCACGAACGACACUCCAGACCAAUCGACGACGAGAUUCCCAGGAACGAUACCCACACAAAAGAGAACAAGCGCAAGGCGAAGAAUGCAGAAGCACGCAAGCUCAAAGCCAAGUCAGGGAAAGGUCUCAGCUUCGAACUUGACGACUGA